CAAGCGUGUGGUAUGAAGCAGGGAAUCGUCGCCCAAGGGUUUAAGCGACUGGUGGACAAAAACCCUCCUUCCUUUCUACAGCGGAAAAGAGAGGGCAUUUUUUUCUCCUUGUUCCUCCCAUUCUUUGCUCCGGUGCUCCACGAUGGCGAUGGAGAUUGCCGCCACCGCCUCAAGAGGGCUACUCCAGUCCACCACCACAAGCAGCACCGGCAGCAUUAGCGGUAGCAGUAGAGUUUUGGCUAGAUUCUCCGAGGAGAAGCGGCUGAUUGUCGACAAGCUCGAGCUUGGAGCGCUCCGGAAGCGAUCGCUGCAUCUCAAUUUGCGUAGGAUUGCUCCGGCGCCGCGAUGCCGAGUUGCCACAACCGAGGAAUCAGUCCAAGUCAAGGACGCUCCAAAGAAGCUGGACUUGAGGACUGAUAUAAGGAACCUCGCCAUCAUCGCUCAUGUCGAUCACGGCAAGACCACGCUGGUGGAUGGAAUGCUUCGACAAUCCAAGGUUUUCCGGGACAACCAAACAGUCCAAGAGCGAAUCAUGGAUUCCAAUGAUUUGGAAAGAGAGCGAGGGAUUACAAUUCUCAGCAAGAACACGGCCAUCACGUACAAGGGGACGAAGAUCAAUAUCAUCGACACACCGGGUCACUCGGACUUUGGAGGAGAAGUGGAGCGUGUUCUUAACAUGGUUGACGGUGUUCUUCUCCUCGUGGACGCUGUGGAAGGUCCCAUGCCACAAACGAGAUUUGUUCUCAAGAAAGCUCUGGCGCUUGGCCAUAGAGUUAUUGUUGUUGUCAACAAGGUGGACAGGCCAGCAGCUCGGCCGGACUACGUUAUCAACAUGACUUUCGAGCUGUUCUUGGAGCUCGAGGCUUCUGACGAGCAAUGUGACUUUCAAGUAAUCUAUGCGAGUGGCCUCAAAGGACAAGCUGGCCUGGAACCAGAUGCUCUUGGGAACGACCUGGAGCCUCUUUUCGAGGCUGUUCUUCGUUGCAUUCCUGAGCCCCGCGUGCAAAUAGAUGCCCCUCUCCAAAUGCUUGUAACCAACUUGGAUUAUGACGAGCACAAGGGACGCAUUGGCAUUGGAAGAGUGAACGCUGGCACAUUAAGCAAGGGCGAAGUCAAGAUUUGUAAGCCGGAUGAAGCUGACAGGGUUGGCAAAGUGAGCGAGAUCUUUGUUUUUGAGAACUUUGCGAAAGUUCCAGCCGUUAAAGUCGUGGCUGGUGAUAUAUGCGCUUUUGCUGGGAUCAACGAUGUUAUGAUUGGAGAAACGGUGGCAGACAAGGCAAAUGGCGUACCACUUCCUUCCAUUAAAGUAGAGGAGCCCACGGUGAAGAUGUCUUUUUCUGUGAACACUUCACCAUUUUCCGGGCAAGAGGGAAAGUUCGUUACCAGUAGGAAUUUACGUGAUCGGCUCUAUCGCGAGCUUGAGAGAAACCUUGCGAUGAAAGUAGAAGACGGCGAGACUGCUGAGACAUUCAUUGUCAGUGGAAGAGGCACACUUCACAUAACAAUUUUGAUCGAAAACAUGAGGAGAGAGGGGUACGAGUUCAUGGUUGGUCCUCCCAGAGUAAUCCAUAAAGUGCUGAACGGAAAGAAACUCGAGCCUUACGAGGAUGCUAUUGUUGAAGUUCCCGAGCAGUACGUUGGAGCCGCAGUUGAUCUUCUCGGCAAACGCCGUGGACAAAUGCUCGACAUGCAAGCCUCGGAACUUGGAAACACCAUCUUAAAGUAUAGGCUCCCGACCAGAGGCCUCUUGGGGAUCCGAAACUCCCUCCUCUCCGCGAGCCGAGGCACGGCCAUCCUCAACACUGUUUUCCACGGCUACGAAGAAUUCGUUGGUGAUAUUAGCACCAGGGAACAGGGAUCGCUGGUGGCCUUUGAGACUGGGCAAACAACAUCCUACGCUCUUUGUAGCUGUCAAGAGCGAGGACAACUCUUUCUGGGUCCUGGUGUGGAAGUCUACAAAGGACAGAUUGUUGGCAUCCACCAGAGGCCAGGCGACCUCUCCAUCAAUGUCUGCAAGAAGAAAGCAGCCACCAAUAUCCGGUCCAACAAGGAGCAAACUGUUGUUCUGGAUGCACCACAAGACUUUAGCCUGGACGACUGCGUCGAGUACAUUGAAGAGGACGAGCUGGUUGAAGUAACUCCAGUGAGCGUGAGGAUGUGCAAAAAUCCCCGGAUGGCCAGGCGAGGUGGGCGAUGAUUUCCAGAUAGGAUUGAUCGAUUGCUAGAGUUUGCGACUUCGUUCUACGAGGGAGGUACGACUCGUGCUAAGUUUCAAGUGUAUAGCAUUCAUUCCAGGCCCAGGAUAGGACCUCCGGAAAGAACACUUGUAAGCUAUAUCUGUAAAGACGAGAAAGAUCGAUCGUAAAGAUUCAUGACGAGAAAUUUAAUGGGCUUAUCGAGCGAGUGUUGGAUCA